CCCCGCGGCAGGAGCCCCGGCCAAGUGGGCGCGCCCGGCCCUGGCCCGGCCGGGAUCCGGUGUCGGCUGCAGCUGGCAGUGCGGCGGGCGCGGGCGCCGGAGCGAGGGGCCCGCGGGCCCGGCUAUUAAUAACGCGGCCGCCAGCCCGGGGUCGCGCAGCCAUGGCCAGCCCGGAGCCCCGGCGCGGCGGGGACGGCGCCGCCCAAGCCGCGAGGAAAACAAGAGCAGAGGCCAAUUCUCCUCUUCCAAAGAACUCUGAAUCCCUAAAUGAGGCAGAAGCCUUGAACCCAGAAGUUACUGUAUCUUCAGAGGGGUCCUUAAACCUCGAAGACAUCCUCUACCUGGAGGACACAGGUGACCUUGAUGAGACACUCUAUGUGCAAGAGACUGAGAAGGCAGAGGAGGUCCUGUAUAUUGAGGAGGCCAUGCAGCCAGAUGAGGCUCUGCAUGUGGAGGAGCCUGGGAAUCCAGAGGAGACAGUGUGUGUGGAGGAAACCAUGGAGCCAGAUCGGAUACAGUUUGUGGAGGGGCCCGUGGAGCCAGGAAAGCCCACAAGCCCAGAGCAGGUUGUUUAUGAGGGAGAGACAGUUACAAGGGCGGAGAAAUGUAACCCUGAGGAGAGCCUUAGAGCUGAGGAGAGCCUCAGAGCCAAGCCGAGCCCCAGCAUGGAGGAGAACCUGAGCAUAGAGGACCUGGAAUUGCUAGAGGGGCGUUUCCAGCAGUGUGUCCAAGCUGUGGCCCAGCUGGAAGAGGAGAGGGAUCAGCUCAUCCAUGAGCUUGUAUUGCUCCGGGAACCAGCCCUGCAGGAGGUACAGCAAGUCCAUCAAGACAUCCUGGCUGCCUACAAGCUCCAUGCCCAAGCAGAGCUGGAGAGAGAUGGCCUAAGGGAGGAGAUCCGGCUGAUCAAGCAGAAGCUUUUCAAAGUGACGAAGGAAUGUGUGGCCUACCAAUACCAGCUGGAGUGCCGCCAGCAGGACGUGGCUCAGUUUGCCGAUUUCCGGGAAGUGCUGACUACGAGGGCAACCCAGCUCUCAGAGGAACUGGCCCAGCUCCGGGAUGCCUAUCAGAAGCAGAAGGAGCAGCUGCGGCAACAACUAGAAGCCCCUCCAAGCCAGAGGGAUGGGCACUUUCUCCAGGAAAGCCGGCGACUCUCUGCCCAGUUUGAAAAUCUCAUGGCAGAGAGCCGCCAGGACCUGGAGGAGGAGUAUGAGCCUCAGCUCCUGAGGCUCCUAGAGAGGAAAGAAGCUGGGACCAAAGCUCUGCAGAAAACCCAGGCUGAGAUCCAGGAGAUGAAGGAGGCUCUGAGACCCCUGCAAGCAGAGGCCCGGCAGCUCCGCCUGCAAAACAGGAACCUGGAGGACCAGAUCGCACUUGUGAGGCAAAAACGAGAUGAAGAGGAACAGCUGGAGGAAAUGGAAGAACGCCAGAGGCAGUUAAGAAAUGGGGUGCAACUCCAGCAACAGAAGAACAAAGAGAUGGAGCAGCUAAGGCUCAGUCUUGCUGAAGAGCUCUCUACUUAUAAGGCUAUGCUACCCAAGAGCCUGGAACAGGCUGAUGCUCCCACUUCUCAGGCAGGUGGAAUGGAGACACAGUCUGAAGGUGAUCUUUGUGAAGAGAAGAGUGGUGUUUGCAUUGUUACUGCUUUCCUAACAAUACUAAUUAAUGCCUUAAAAACAACAGGCCGGACGGGGUGGCUCACGCCUGUAAUCCUAGCACUUUGGGAGGCAGAGGAGGGUGGAUCACCUGCAGUCAGGAGUUCGAGACCAGCCUGGCCAACAUGGCGAAACCCCGUCUCCACUAAAAAUAAAAAAAUUAGCCGGGCAUAGUGGCGGGCACUUAUAAUCCCAGCUACUCAGGAGGCCAAGACAGGAGAAUCGCUUGAACCAGGAGGCAGAGGUUGCAGUGAGUCAAGAUCACAGUACUGCACUCCAGCUUGUACAACAGAGUGAGACUGCCUCAAAACAAAACAAAACAAAAACCCAAAAAACAAAAACAACAAAAAACCCUUAAGUGUGUGCCUAAUGACAAGGGGAUAACCCAAACCUCCAAAAUGCCUGGGUCAGGCAUUCAGAGUUCAUUUGGAAUGUUUCAGUUUCUAGUAGGACUCAAAAUAUGCCCUGAUUAUCACCACGAAUUCUGUGGCAUCUAGGCUUUGGGCAUCUUGUUUCCUCACCCUACCCUACCCACCUGCUAUUCUCAGUUUUCCUUAGAAUAGCAGAGAAAGCAGUUCUGCUAUCAAAAAUAAUAAACUUAUCUAUCCAUUAAUGUCCUUAUAUAAUAUUCAAAGGCUGUGGUUUUGGGUGGAAGCAGAGAUGUUCAUGUUACACAGACUUACUCUUUUUUUUUUUUUUUUGAGACAGAGUCUUGCUCUGUUGCCAGGCUGGAGUGCAGUGGCACGACCUCUGCCUCCCAGGUUCAAGCGAUUCCCCUGCCUCAGCCUCCCAAGUAGCUAGGAUUAUAGGCACACACCACCACGCCUGGCUAAUUUUUUGUAUUUUAGUAGAGACAGGGUUUCAGCAUGUUGGCCAAGAUGGUCUUGAUCUCCUGACCUUGUGAUCCACUUGCCUCGGCCUCCCAAAGUGCUGGGAUUACAGGUGUGAGCCACCGUGCUUGGCCUACACAGACUUAACUUUUAGACACUGACAAAACUGAAGGCAUCUUUCUGACCAAUCACCUAUUCAGGAUCCCUCCCCCAAUGUUUUACCAGUAUAUUCUGAUAAAAGUUCUAGAGUCCGUGAAAGAAACCAAGGAUAAAAGAAAGUCCGUGUCAAGUUGUACAUUAUACAGAUGCCUAUAAAUUUUAUUCAUUUCCUAAACUUACAUCAAAUUCACAACUUUCUUUUUUUUUUGAGACAGAGUCUCGCACUGCCACCCAGCCUGGAGUGCAGUGGCACGGUCUCGGUUCACUGCAACCUCCACCUCCUGGGUUCAAGUGAUUCUCCUGCCUCAGCCUCCUGAGUAGCUGGGACUACAGGAGCAUGCCACCACGGCCAGCUAGUUUUUGUAUUUUUAGUAGAGACGGGGUUUCACCAUCUUGGCCAGGCUGGUCUUGAACUCCUGACCUUGUGAUCCACAUGCCUCAGCCUCUCAAAGUGCUGGGAUUAUAGGCAUGAACCACCACACCUGGCCCACAAGUAACUAUUGUUGCUUUUUCUAAUUUUCUAGGAUUUUAUUAUUUUUUUAAAAAUUUCUUUUUAGUAGAGAUGGGGGGUCUUGCUAUGUUGCCCAGGCUGGAGUGGUGGCACGAUCUUGGCGCACUGCAACUCUGCCUCCUGGGUUCAAACAAUACUCCUGCCUCAGCCUGCUAAGUAGCUGGGAUUACAGGCAUAAGCCACCACACCCAGCCUUGAGGAUUUUCUUAUAUUGUGUUUGAAUCCACAUGACUGAUAAUAUGCUUAAUGUUUGAGAAAUUAUAACCUUGCAAUUGAGGUUAAUGAUCUACUAACUACCUUUGUGUGGAUCAGAUUAAAAGUACAAUCUGGAAAAGACAACGACUAAUCCAAAGAAAUGAAACUACAGAAUCAGGCAUUGUAAUUAUACCUGUGAGAAGUUAACCUAGCAGAGAAAACGUUUAACUAUCCCUCCCAUCACCAUCACAUAGGUUACCAUUCAUUCUAUUUGACAAACAGGAGGCAUCCAAAUAUUUGCUAGGGGAAAGUCAUCCCUGAUCAUCCAUAAAUCACACUGUAACAAUCUCUUCUCAACAACGCCUGCAAUAACUAAA